UACACUGAAUUAUGUUUUCUUGCAGGUGAUGAGUAGCUACUUUGGCAAGAUAUCCGAAGAGAAUGUAAAAAACAACUUUGUGCUCAUUUAUGAACUUCUAGAUGAGAUCCUUGACUUUGGGUAUCCCCAGAACACAGAUACAGGAGUCCUCAAGACUUUUAUUACACAACAGGGUAUCAAGACAGCUAGUAAAGAGGAACAGUCACAGAUUACAUCCCAGGUGACUGGACAGAUUGGUUGGAGGAGAGAAGGAAUCAAAUACCGGCGCAAUGAACUCUUCCUUGAUGUUAUUGAAUAUGUUAACUUGCUGAUGUCUCCACAAGGUCAGGUGUUGUCGGCCCAUGUUGCUGGCAAGGUAGUGAUGAAGAGUUACUUGUCUGGGAUGCCUGAGUGCAAGUUUGGCAUCAAUGACAAAAUUGUGAUGGAUGCUAAGAGAGGUUCAUCAGAUGAGACACAAAGAUCUGGGAAGACCAGCAUUGCCAUUGAUGACUGCCAAUUCCACCAGUGUGUAAAGCUGUCCAAGUUUGAGACAGAACACUCCAUAUCAUUUGUUCCUCCAGAUGGUGAAUUUGAGCUUAUGAGGCGUAUGCUUAUGGGCUGUGUGGAUCACCGACAACUUGAGCUACAGGUGCCAGAGGCAUUGGUGGAACAGACGGGUACCGUACAUACAAAAAGACAUCUCCUUACCAUUCCGUGUGAUCCCACUGGUACGCGAGGUUGGCUUAAUUCAAGAUGGAAGUUAGUGGUAGUCAUAAAGAGUAACUUUAAACCUUCACUUUUGGCACAGAAGAUUGAGGUACGAAUUCCUACUCCUCUCAACACAUCUGGAGUCCAGCUGAUCUGCAUGAAAGGGAAAGCCAAGUAUAAGGCAUCAGAAAAUGCUAUUGUAUGGAAGAUAAAGCGAAUGGGUGGCAUGAAAGAAUCACAGAUUUCUGCUGAGAUAGAGCUGCUGCAAACAGACACAAAGAAGAAGUGGACCAGACCUCCCAUCUCUAUGAACUUUGAGGUGCCGUUUGCUCCAUCGGGCUUCAAGGUUCGCUACCUGAAAGUGUUCGAGUCGAAGCUAAACUACUCUGACCAUGACGUAAUCAAAUGGGUUCGUUACAUCGGCCGUUCGGGACUCUACGAGACCAGAUGCUAAUGCCCUGCAACUCAUUUCCAAUAGCCUUUUUUUUUAUCAUGCUAUAAUAGUAUUGCCUUCAUUGUCUGAUAGGUGAAAAUAUGAAUUAAGAGAAAUUCCACAGAUUGGCCUUAUUUUCUUGAAUAAAUACAUUAAUGUACUGUGAACAAGAAGUAUAUGAAGUUUGGAGAAGAGCGGUUCUUGUAGGAAUAUUCAGUGUCUGAAACAUUUAAGACAGACAUUAGAAGAGUAAUAUAUAUAUAUAUAUAUAUAUAUAUAUAUAUAUAUAUAUAUAUAUAUAUAUAUAUAUAUAUAUAUAUAUAUAUAUAUAUAUAUAUAUAUAUAUAUAUAUAUAUAUAUAUAUAUAUACAUAUACAUAUACAUAUACACUGUUAGUUGUCGAUUGUUAUUAUUGGAAUUUAGUGAAUGUGAGAAAAUUUAGUGACAUUCCUCAAUAUGGAUACCAGGGAUACCAGCAUUAUGACAGCCUGUACAGACAGACCACCUCACACUUACACAAGUGAAGGGUAACUCAUGGACUAUCUUUGGUAUUUUAGUCUAAUUACUGGUGGGUAAGAAGGCAUUUCUUGUAUUCAUAGGUUGUUAUUAAUUGUAGAAUUAGUUAGCAGAUGAUGAUGUAAGAAUUUGUUCAUCAGUUGCUUGUACAGUAUAUGGUAUUUUGAUGUCUAUUAUUAAGUAGGUUUUACUUGAAGUUCAUGGGUUUAUUAUAUAUUUACCUUUCUGAUAGAAAUAGAGACCAUUUAUAGUGAAUGACAUUCCUUAUUAUUCUAUUUUUUCUUUUGUAUAUUUAGAGUUUUGUUUUCAUGUCAAAAGAUACAAUUUUACUGCUGAAAUAUAAAGAAUCUCUGUCAUCUGUUAUUGAAUUAAGGUGAUGUUGAAUAUUUAGGUAGAAGAGGUUGAAUCCACAGGUUACUGGAAGUUAAUGCUAAAUCACAUGGAAUGUUCUGGAGCUACAGUCUUGUUUGCCCAGUCAGCACCAUAACCCAUAUAAGUUGAGUUUGCAUUAAACCUCAGUAUCAGGUUGUCGGCAUUAAGGCAAAUGGUGGUUACCUACACCUCAACAACAUGCUAACAGCAUCAAGUGCUUUGUUAGCCAAACGGUUCAUUUAACCCUUGAGUUGUUGCAUGGACUUCCAGCUUUCUAACUACUAAUAGAUUAAUAAUUAGUUCUCUAUUUCAAUUCUUGGGAGUUAUUGCACCUAGUUGAGCUUAUACCAGAGCAAACAUCUUGCUUAGCAUGGAGGAAGGCAUUACUAAACUAAUUCAUCCUGUUGGAAUGGAGUGGAAAUUUUGGCCGCCACUGGCUAAUGGUUAACUUUCUAUCUUAUUUUUUUAACAUUCUCUUUGUGUUUAUUUAUUUUUUUAUGUUGACAGGACACAAAAAUUAUCUGCUUUUUUCUCGUUUAAUGAAUAUUUUAACUAUUAGAUAAUGAUUGGCUGUUCCAGAUGCACCAUUAGUGUGUCUGUUGAUUGAAAUGUGUGGAGAGAAACACAUACUUGACUUGCUAAUCAUAGAAUUCUUUCCCAUCACUGCAGUCUAGCAGAGCCCAAUCCUAUACAAAAGACAAAGUUGCAUGGUUCUUGCCUGGUCAGCAUGAAUUUUGCAGUAAUGUUGAGUUCCGACCGGCCGAUGUUGUGCACCCGUUUGAUGACGUCAUGGUUGCAAGUUUUAAUGGCAAUUUGAUCUUGAGCUAUCCCAAUAUACAAGCAUGGGUUAGCAUUGCCUGACUCCAGCUGAUAAUAAGUUUGUGACCAUCUGCCUCAGAUGCUGCUGUUGCUGCUGCUGCUGGUGUAGUUGUAGAGAAACAAAUGUACUCAUAAAUGUG